GAAGCAUCCUCAAAGAGCCCGAGAAGACCUCUUUGGGUUCCUGUGUUUAUUUCUCGACGGGACUAUUGGAAGGCAUCAAAAUAACUGCGGUUCACCUCCUCGACUCUCAUAUGCGGUCUCCAAAACCAAGGCGACGGUGCUGCAUCUGUUUUAUUAAGUGCCAUGGCUAGAAAGACUGACAUCCCCUCCUCUUACUAUGGUGAACCACGCAAGUUUGAUCCAAACUUCAGAGGCCCUGUUCACAACAGGAGCUGCACCGAUGUGGUUUGCUGUGUCAUCUUCAUCAUUGUCAUCCUUGGCUACAUUGCUCUGGGUACCGUUGCCUGGAUCCACGGCGACCCCAGGAAGGUCGUCUACCCUACAGACAGCCAGGGUCAAUUCUGUGGCCAAAAGAGCACCCCCAAUGCAAACAAAGCCAUAUUAUUCUACUUCAACAUGUUGAAAUGUGCCAAUCCUGCAGUUUUAAUUAACCUCCAGUGCCCUACAACCCAGCUCUGUGUCUCCAAGUGCCCUGACAGAUUUGCCACUCUGCUGGAUGCGUGGAAUACCAAAAACUGGGAAUAUUACAAGAAAUUCUGCAAGCCGGGCUUUGAGAUUGGCAGCAAGAGUAUUGCAGAAGUCAUCCGAGAUGAAGACUGUCCGUCUAUGAUUGUGCCAAGCAGACCUUUUCUUCAGCGGUGCUUCCCUGAUUUCAUAACAAGAAAUGGAAUCUUAACCGUAGCCAAUCAGACCAUCUUCACAGACGGUGACAACAACAAGAGGAGCGUCAGCGACCUCAAAGAUGCUGCCAAAAGUAUCACCAAUCUGCUCAAUGCCAAAGAAAUUGGCAUGAAGAUCUUUGAAGAUUAUGGGAAUUCCUGGGACUGGAUCCUCAUUGGACUGGUGAUAACCAUGGUAGUCAGUCUGAUCUUCAUCCUGCUGCUGCGCUUCACUGCUUGUGUGCUCCUGUGGCUCAUCAUCUUUGGUGUCAUCACUGCGGUAGCCUUCGGUAUCUGGCACUGCUACUGGGAGUACGUCACCCUGAGUGGAAAGCCAGGCGCUAAUGUCACCAUCUCUGAUAUCGGUUUCCACACAGACUUCAGUAUUUACCUUCAGCUCAGCCAAACAUGGCUCAUUUUCAUGAUUGCACUCUCUGUGAUUGAGGCCAUCAUUGUGAUCAUGCUGAUAUUCCUGAGGACCAGGCUGCGCAUUGCUAUUGCACUACUGAAGGAGGGGAGCAGGGCCAUCAGCUACAUCAUGUCCACCCUCUUCUACCCUGUCAUCACCUUUUUCCUUUUGGCAAUCUGCAUUGCAUACUGGGCCGUGAUAGCAGUCUUCUUAGCAUCCUCUGGUAAUGCAGUCUACAAGGUCACACCUGCUGAUGAUAAAUGCAUAUAUGCCAACAUCACAUGCAGUCCAAAGACCUUCAGUCAGACCAAUAUUACCAAAGUGUGCCCCGGGUCACAGUGCAUGUUCGCCUUCUACGGUGGAGAGAGUGUGUACCACCGCUACAUCUUAGUCCUCCAUCUGUAUAAUCUCUUUGCGUUCCUCUGGCUGGUCAACUUCACCAUCGCACUGGGACAGUGCACUCUGGCCGGGGCCUUUGCUUCUUACUACUGGGCCCUGAACAAGCCAAGCGACAUCCCAAUAUGCCCUCUUUACUCUGCUUUUAGCAGAGCCAUACGUUACCACACGGGCUCUCUUGCCUUUGGAUCUCUGAUUCUUACUGUGGUGCAAAUGAUCCGAAUUGUUCUUGAGUACUUGGAUCACAAGCUUAAAGGUUCUCAAAAUGGUUGCACCCGAUUCCUGCUUUGCUGCCUCAAAUGCUGCUUCUGGUGCCUGGAACAUUUCAUCAAGUUUAUAAACAGAAAUGCAUACAUAAUGAUAGCAAUAUAUGGAAAGAACUUCUGCACCUCUUCCAAGGACGCUUUCUUCCUCUUGAUGAGGAAUGUCCUUCGGGUGGCUGUCCUGGACAAGGUGACAGACUUUCUGCUCUUCUUGGGAAAACUGCUUAUUUCAGGAAGUGUUGGUGUUCUUGCUUUUUUCUUUUUUACACGUAAGAUACCAGUCAUCCAAGAGGAGGUGCCGUCCCUUAAUUACUACUGGGUCCCUCUUCUGACGGUGAUAUUUGGCUCCUACAUGAUUGCACAUGGCUUUUUUAAUGUCUACUCCAUGUGCGUGGACACAUUGUUCCUGUGCUUUUUGUGGGACCUGGAGGUGAAUGACGGCUCUCCUGAGAAGCCCUACUACAUGAACAGAAGACUGAGAAAAAUCCUUAACAAGCAGAAUGUCCAGAGGCCAAGACAGAGGUAGAGAAGAAGUCUGAGAACAAGAGGAAUGAAGAUCUUUGACCGAAGUAUGGUACAUGCCCCAGUGGCAGUAGAAAGCAUUUUACCAAAUAUAAGAUGUGUUGCACACUAUAAAGGACAUACUAAAGAAAGGAAACAGUGAUUAGAUUCAUCAACAUGCCCAUAUUAAAUGGACUUGAUAGCUGCGGGAAAUUUGAGGCAAACUCCAGAACUCACAUUGUUUAAAAUGUCUUUGCUGGUGUGCUUGCUUACACAACCUUUUUAGAUUUUUCUUAAUGUGACAGCUAAAAUAUUAUUUUUUGAGAGCCACGGUCAAACAAAAAAUGGUGUUCUUUGUAGAACAAGUUGUUUCUUCCUUGGGUGAGAUUGUGGUUUUAAGUAUUUAUCAUUGUUGCCAGUUUUCACCACUGGGUGGUGCCAGACAUUAGCAGACGUCUGUGUGUUGUAGCAGAUUGCACUAUGUUUGCCAAUGAAAAAAUGAGGCAUUGGCUCAUUUUUGGUUGCAGUUUUUGACCUCAGAUUUUCUCAUAUUGAGAAACUUUAUUGCCAGUUAGUAUCUACAGUUUUAAUCUUAGAUUAUGAAGGGCAUAAUGGCAGAGCUUUUCAUGGCACUUCACUCUCUUUGGACCCUGUUCUUAGAAUUGCCAUAUUGCUUGAUCUUGCAGCUACAAGAUUAAAAUUCAGAGGUGCUUUUCAGUAAAUUUGUGAAUGAGCUUUACAAAUCUAUUGGCAGCAACCAGAGGAAAGAUAAUUGUCUUUUAUGGGUAAACAAUACCAGUGAAGCAAGGACUGAAACAUAGCUGCAUGAAAUGCAGCGAUUGGCAGCUUAUUACAUAAGAGUUAGGAAAAUGACUUCCUGCGUGUAAUAUUUCUUAAAGGACUUUUUUGUGAAAGAGGAUAAUAUUAUUUUACAUCUUUAGAAUUUGUUGAUGUUAUUUGCCUCCUGACAUUUUAAAGGAAAGAUCGUUUUGUGAUUUUGAUGUUUGUUCAGCUAAUGUCAGUUCAGUUAGUUAAAGCCAGUAACAAGUGAGAUGAAUUUGUUUGUAUUCAUUGGUUAGAUUGAUUGAGUUUGGAUGCUACCAGAUGUUUACUUACGUAACUGCUUUAGGCAGUCCCACACAAUGGACCCCUCUGUUUUCCAAAAAUCAAAGUAAUGCUGAGGUCUUCUUUUUUUAAAUAGAUUCAUACAUCACCAGAAAUGAUGCUCAUCUUUAGAUCAGUAAGACGUGACUCAUUCUUGUGUGUCUGCAUUUGUAGAACUUGUGAGGCUGCCCUCAUGGUGCAUCGGAGUGACAGCACUCCCAGACGCACACUCCUUGUGCCCCUGUCUUAGCGUGGCAUGCUGGUACAUGAAACCGUUCAAUAAAAUCAAAACAAUUCUGCUUUUGUGUGUGACGGCAGAGAAAUGAUGCAUGUAAUGUAGGGCUCACUGUGGCAUAUUGUCACCCAUGUCUUAUUCUAAACAGCUACCAUCCUUUGAGUUGUAUCUUUUAAUUGCAUGUGCAUGCUCAGGUUUAACUUCAUGAGGGUGGAUACCUCACAUCUGAUAAGUAAAGGCUGUGGUUUGAUGUGCCUCCCCCACCCUCCCAUGUGUAGAUUCUUUUGGUCAACCACAUUCAGCAAGUAGACACAAGUAAAGCUUCAGCGUGUAUGCGUCACUUUUCUCACCACAAACUCUGAAGAUGUAGUGCUCUAACCUGUCCAUAAAUCUCAGUGUUUAUUUCCAUUAUCUUAUUUGUUCCGAAAGCUGACAGUUUAAAUCUAUCUGAUGUAUAUUUAUUUAUAGAGUAAGAGUGCACGUUUUAACAGAAUAUUUUACCUGAAUGUUUAUCACACAAACAUUUGUUUUGUUACCUCUAUUUUUAUCAAUAAACUGAUUUUCUAUGA